AUGGGAAAAGGAAAAUUGAAGGCUGCUUUGAAGCACCAAAAAGAACAAGAGGCUGCUUCCAAGCCUAAGGUUAAGGACCAAAAGCCAAAGAAGGAGGUUGCUGCUCCAGUUGAGGAAUCAGAGAGCGAUGAAGAGGUUGAAGAGGACAUCGCGGAUCUUCCCAACGAAGGUGCCCCCUUGUCCCACAAGGAGAAGAGAAUGUUGAAAAAAUUGAUGAAGAAAAGAGCUGCUGAAACUAAGGCCAAGAAGGCUGAUAGCGAAGCUGAAGAUGACGACGAGGAGGAGGAACAAGAAUUGGAUCUUGAGAAGCUAGCUGCAUCUGAGAGCGAGAGUGAACUCGAAAGUGAAGACGAUGAUGAAGAUGACGACGAGGAAGAAGAGGAAGAAGCUGAGGAAGAGGAAGACCCAGAGGCCGAGGAGGCCGAGGACGUUCCUUUGUCUGAUGUGGAACUUGAUUCCGACACUGAUGUUGUUCCUCAUUCCAAGCUCACAAUCAACAAUAUUGCAGCAUUGAAAGAGUCUCUUGUGAGAAUCAAAUUGCCAUGGGAGAAGCAUUCUUUUAUCGAGCAUCAAUCUGUUGUCAGUGCAGAGAACACUGACGCUGGCAUCAAGGACAUAUAUGACGACACAGAAAGAGAGCUUGCAUUCUACAAGCAGGGUUUGGAUGCCGUGAAGCAAGGCAGGGCCACGCUUUUGAAAUUGAAGGUUCCAUUCUCCCGUCCUCUUGAUUACUUUGCUGAGAUGGUUAAGUCUGAUGAGCACAUGGACAAGUUGAAGAACAAGUUGUUGAAGGAGGCUGCUGACAAGAAGGCAUCUGAGGACGCCAAGAAGCAGAGGAAGUUGAAGAAGUUUGGUAAGCAGGUGCAGCAUGAGACUUUGCAACAGAGAGCCAAACAAAAGAGAGAGACUCUUGACAAGAUCAAGUCUUUGAAGAAGAAGAGAAGCGCACACGAGCUUGAAGACGACAACGAAUUUCAGAUUGCAUUGGAAGAGGCCACUGCUGAUGACAGACCUACCAAGAGGAACAAGCCUAAUGGUAAGCGUUUGGCGAAGGACUCUAAGUACGGUUUCGGUGGUAAGAAGAGAGGUCUGAGGAAGAAUGACGCUGACUCGUCUGCUGACAUAUACAACCUUGGUAAGAAAGGCAAGGGUAAGGGCUCGAGGCCCGGUAAAAGCAAGCGUAACAGAGCGCACUAG